CAAUUACAAACACAACGUUGGCUAAGUUUUUGCGGGCUUUUAUUUAAACAAUAUUAAUUUUGUAACUAUUUAAACAAAAAAAAGAAUCACCAUGGAUGCUGAUCUGUAUGAUGAGUUUGGCAAUUAUAUUGGCCCUGAUUUGGCCUCUGAUAGUGAGGAUGAAAAUGAAUAUGGAAAUGCAGGAGAUGAUGCAGAAGACAGAGAAAGGUCUGAUGAGGAGAUGGAAGAAGACAAAGAUGAGUCUAGAGAUCAGUCAGAGCAAGGAAACUCUAUGGCAGUUGUAUUGCACGAAGAUAAAAGAUAUUAUCCCAGUGCUUUAGAAGUUUAUGGACCAGAGGUAGAAACAUUAGUACAAGAAGAAGAUGCCCAACCAUUGGAUAAACCACUGAUAGCACCAACAAGAAAACCAAAGUUCCAAAUAAAACAGCAACAACUGCCAGAAACAACAUAUAGUAUUGAAUUUUUAGCUGACAUGAUGGAUGCUCCACACCUCAUACGUAAUGUUGUACUACUUGGUCACCUACACCAUGGCAAAACUACUUUGGUUGAUUGUCUAGUGAGACAAACUCAUCCUUAUCUACACAGUGUUACAGAUGAAAAACCUUUGAGAUACACCGACACGUUAUUCACGGAGCAACAGCGAGGCGUAUCGACGAAAGCAACACCCGUAACCUUAUUGCUACAAGACGUGAAAUCAAAGUCCUAUCUUUUAAACAUAUUCGAUACUCCCGGUCACGUGAAUUUUUCCGACGAAGCUACAGCGGCGAUAAGACUAUCCGAUGGAGCAAUACUAAUCGUUGACGCCGCCGAGGGCGUCAUGUUAAACACAGAACGUUUGCUAAAACACGCGCUUCAAGAAAAGCUCGCUUUAACAGUUUGCAUAAAUAAAAUAGACCGUCUGAUAUUAGAAUUAAAAUUACCCCCGUUAGACGCGUACUAUAAAUUGAGACACAUUAUCGAGGAAAUCAAUGGGUUGAUAGCGUUGUAUUCAGACUCUGAAAAUCCGUCUUUCGUGUCACCAGCUAUCGGAAACGUGUGCUUCGCGAGUUCAGAGUACAACGUCUGCUUCACUCUAAAAUCCUUCGCGUCUCUUUACGCCAAAACUCAUCUCACGCUUAACGCCAAUGAAUUCGCCAAACGACUAUGGGGAGAUAUAUACUUCAACUCGAAAACGCGAAAGUUUACCAAAAAACCACCGCAUAAUACUGCACAGCGUAGCUUUAUCGAAUUUAUCCUCGAACCGUUGUAUAAAAUAUUCGCACAAGUAGUCGGAGAUGUAGAUACAACAUUACCAGACGUACUCGAUGAAUUAGGCAUAAGAUUAACCUCGGAGGAAAUGAAAAUGAACAUUAGACCUCUGUUGAGACUGGUGUGUACGCGUUUCUUGGGAGACAUGUGCGGAUUGGUAGACAUGUGCGUAGCCCACGUUCCCAGUCCUCAAUCACACGCACCAGUUAAAGUCCAACACGUGUAUACAGGUCCAAUGGACUCACCCCUCGCGCAAGAUAUGGUGAAUUGCGAUCCCGACGGAAGGCUAAUGAUUCACAGUACAAAAAUGUACCCCACCGAGGACUGUACUUUGUUCGUAGUCCUUGGAAGAGUAAUGUCAGGUACUCUAGAAGCGGGCCAACGCGUCCGUGUGUUAGGUGAAGCUUACUCUCGUACAGACGAAGAAGAUUCUCGGGUUUUAACCGUGGGAAGAUUGUGGAUUAGCGAGGCACGAUAUUCCAUCGAGUUAAAUAGAGUUCCCGCGGGCAAUUGGGUUCUGAUCGAGGGCAUAGACAGGCCCAUAGUAAAAACUAGCACAAUCACCGAUCUGAACAGUUCAGACGACCUGCACAUCUUCCGGCCGUUGAAAUUCAAUACACAGAGUGUGAUCAAAAUUGCGGUAGAGCCUGUAAAUCCAUCGGAAUUGCCUAAGAUGUUAGACGGUCUUAGAAAGGUGAACAAAAGUUAUCCUUUGUUAGGCACCAGGGUCGAGGAAAGCGGAGAACACGUUGUUCUAGGUACAGGAGAGUUAUACUUGGAUUGCGCGAUGCACGAUCUGCGUAGAAUGUACUCUGAAAUCGAUAUAAAAGUGGCGGACCCUGUCGUUGCCUUCGCAGAAACCGUGGUAGAAACCAGUUCCCUAAAAUGUUUCGCCGAGACACCUAACAAACGUAACAAAUUAACCAUGAUCGCCGAGCCGCUUGAAAGAGGCUUGGCAGAAGACAUCGAGGCGGAACACGUUAAAAUUACGUGGAACAAAAAACGAUUGGGAGAAUUUUUCCAAACGAAAUACGACUGGGAUUUAUUGGCAGCCAGAAGUAUAUGGGCUUUCGGUCCAGAUGCCACUGGCCCUAAUAUUCUAGUCGACGACACUUUGCCGUCAGAAGUAGACAAAUCGUUAUUGAACAGCGCCAGGGACGCCAUUAUUCAGGGUUUCCAAUGGGGGACUAGAGAGGGUCCACUUUGCGAGGAACCGAUUAGAAACGUGAAAUUUAAAAUUCUAGACGCUGUGAUUGCCCAGGAACCCCUUCACAGGGGAGGAGGUCAAAUUAUUCCAACUGCCAGGAGGGUAGCGUAUUCUGCUUUCCUUAUGGCAACGCCCAGGUUAAUGGAACCCUAUUUAUUCGUCGAGGUUCAAGCGCCCGCCGACUGCGUGUCGGCUGUUUAUACGGUCCUGGCUAAGAGGAGGGGUCACGUGACCCAAGACGCUCCCGUUCCCGGAAGUCCCUUGUACACUAUCAAAGCGUUCAUACCGGCGAUCGAUAGCUUCGGAUUCGAGACCGAUUUGAGAACCCACACGCAAGGCCAGGCAUUUUGUUUGUCGGUGUUUCAUCACUGGCAAAUUGUACCCGGUGAUCCGUUGGACAAAAGUAUCACAAUCAGACCUCUGGAACCACAGCCAGCUACACAUUUGGCUAGAGAGUUUAUGUUGAAAACGAGAAGGAGGAAAGGACUCUCGGAAGACGUGUCUAUCAACAAAUUCUUCGACGAUCCUAUGUUACUCGAGUUGGCCAGACAGGACGUUCUACUUAAUUAUCCAUUGUAAUCGCUGUAGCAAUUCCAUUUGUAAUAUUAAGUCGAAGACUCGUCAAUAAAGAAUUAAUUUUAUACGAA